AUGGGUCUCUCCAAGACAAACAGGAUCUUGAUCCUGUUGGCGAUUGAUACGGCAUUUUUCUUGUUGGAAUUGAUUGCCGGUUAUUCUGUUCACUCCCUUGCCCUGGUUGCCGACUCGUUUCACAUGCUGAAUGAUGUAUUAUCACUGUGUGUGGGACUCUGGGCUGUCAAGGUCGCCAACCGCGAAACCAACUCGAAAAUGUACACUUACGGGUGGCAACGCGCAGAAACUCUUGGUGCCUUAGUCAAUGGCGUCUUCCUGGUCGCCCUGUGUCUAUCGAUUUUCCUGGAAGCUAUACAAAGACUCGUUGAGCCUCAGGAAGUCAAAAACCCGAAAUUCGUCUGCAUCGUCGGAUGUCUCGGCUUGUUGUCAAACAUAAUUGGCCUUGUGCUGUUCCAUGACCACUCCCACGGGCACGGCCACAGUCAUGGCCCUGGAGAUCUGGAAGAAGGCGCAGAUGUUGAUCAUGUGCACGCUGGGGAGCAUGACCACGAUCAUGACCACGUGCACGCAGAUGGCCAGAAUAACGUUAGUGGACCAGUAUCUAUCAAAUCUAUGAAGCUGACAACAUCUGAUGAGGAUCUCCACAAAUUCCACAACCAUGCUCAACCAAAGCCCAAAGACGAAAAGCAUGGCCAUGGCCAUGGUCACGAUCUCAAUAUGCGGGGCGUUUUCCUUCAUGUGAUGGGCGAUGCACUGGGCAACAUCGGCGUCAUCGCUUCUGCUCUUAUCAUCUGGUUGACCGAUUAUUCUUGGAGAUUCUACGUGGAUCCUGGGAUUUCGCUUGUUAUCACUGUGAUCAUUCUGCUCUCCGCCAUUCCCCUAUGCAAGGCUGCGUCCCGAAUUCUCUUGCAGGCAGCGCCCCACGGCCUGAGCAUCGACCAUAUCAAGGAGGACAUCGAAGGACUUCCAGGCGUCAUCGGCUCCCACCACCUGCACGUAUGGCAGCUGAGCGACACCAAGUUAGUCGCCUCUAUCCAUAUCCAAGUGGACACGGAGAUCAAGGGCGAAGGCUCAGAACGCUAUAUGCGUCUGGCCAGGCAAGUGAGGAAGUGCUUGCACGCUUAUGGAAUCCAUUCGUCGACGAUCCAGCCGGAGUUUGCGCCUGACAGUGACACUGAGGACACAAUUGCGGCCCCCUCGGACUGCCGUGGCGGCAGCAACGGAGCCUCCGCCUCGGGGACGCUUCCCAGUCGAGCACCCAGUGUACCUGAUGGUGAUCCGCAGGCGUGCCUCCUGGAAUGUGGCGAGGAGUGUGCCAGGGGUGGCCAGUGUUGCCCCAAGCAAUCGCCGUGA